AUGGGUUUCUUAAGGAACUGGUUCAAUCAGAUCCCGAAGAUUCCAAUUAAAGGCACAAGUCACGGCACACAUCACCCACAUCGCAUCGAUGAAUUAUACCCCUGGCUGUGCAACAGACACCCUUCUUUCAAAGCAAAUUCGAAGCAAAUUGACUUGUUGAGCAAGCCUAUUGACUUCCAUAGGCGAUUUAUACAUCAUAUAAACACAGCCCAACGCUCUAUCUACAUUUCCACCCUCUAUAUCGGCGAAGAACAGAAUGAGUUGGUGGGACUGUUGCAGCGGCGUCUGAGAGAGAAUCAGCAGCUCACAGUCACUAUACUCGCCGAUUUCAAUAGGUUUACACGCCAAGCACACCCACCACACUCACCAGCCAGUCUGAUUUCCCCUCUGGUACGCCUCUUUGGCAAUAGAGUGAGGGUAUUUCUCCACAAACCAAACACCAAUUUGGGCAUCUUACAACGGUUUAUACCGCCCAGAUUUAUAGAAGGUUUUGGUACACAACACACCAAGAUAUACUGCUUCGAUGACACUGUUCUUCUUUCGGGGGCGAAUCUAAACACGUCUUAUUUCACAAACAGACAAGACAGAUAUAUGCAAAUUACUGAUCAUUUCCAGUUAUCCAACUAUUUACGCGCUUUUGUCGAGUUAAUGACGCGCUUCAGUUAUAAACUGUGCGACUCAGAUGAUGUGCGAUGGGAGAAUGAUGCACCAGCUAGUGCAUUCAGCGAUAAAGCGCGUGAGGAGAUGGAACACUUCACUCGCAGACAGUGUCGCAUGAGUAAUGAACAAGUAGACCAGCCACAAUACGACACCACCAUUUAUCCGCUCAUCCAGUCUGGUUUGUGGGGUGUGAGGGAGGAGGAGGAUUCGGUGCACUAUCUUCUUGACGCAAUCAACAGCAUUCCUGGCGCUAUACUUCACAUGACAUCUGGUUACUUUAGCUUGGGUGGGGGUUACAAGCGGCGCGUAAUGGAGAGUCGAGUACCGACAUGGAUAAUAGCUGCAUCACCGGAUGCUAAUGGAUUUUUAGGUAGCAGGGGAGUUAGUGGGCGUAUACCGGAGGCAUAUACGCAUCUAAUGAGUAAAUUCUACACAUCGUCUAUCAAACACCACCGCCAUAACUCACUCCAAUUGAAAGAAUGGCGGAGAAAUGGUUGGACUUACCACUGCAAAGGGCUAUGGAUACGUAAUGAGAAGAGUGCAGAUGAUGCUAUGGCCACUCUCAUCGGCAGUUCGAACCUCAGUGGACGAAGUAGCAAUCUCGACCUUGAGUUGAGUUUUCUGUUGAUGACGAGUAGUGGCGAGCUGAAAAAGAGGCUGCAAGGGGAGGUAGAGGAAUUGAAUAGCUGCAGUACUGAGGUUAGUGAGAAGACAUUCAAGCAGCCACAACGUAAAGUUAGUUUGUUCACGAGGUUCCUGCUGUGGAUGGGUGUAGAGGGGAUGCUUUAG